GGCUGCGAUCGAUGAAAACAUUCAUAUUUUCUUGGUUUUUUUAAAUAUUGCACAACUUGGGCUUAUCAUUACUGAACUAAUUAUACGAACCUAUAAAGUUAUACAGUGAGCAAUUGGCUUAGUGCAGGAGAGGGGUCGUCUUUGUAUUGAACAGGCAAAGCACUUUUGGAUCUUGCAGCAAGAUGCAAAGACAAUACUCAGUAUUUCUAAAGCGAUUAUUAACGUUGAGGAAGUUAUCUCUGAAGUCACGAGGGGUGCAUUUUGCUUACAACAGUGAGAAUAAAUUCGACUCUAAUACUAACAGACGCUAUACUGGCAAUCCGCACCACAUAUUAUCACUGAAUGCAAAGAAGGAAAUGAUGGCAAAGUACAUGAAGAUAGGAGAUUAUGAGAUUCAUCCAUGGUCUAUAUCGGGCAUCGAGUCCUCUACGGUGGUAAAGCUGACAACGCAAGGGCAAGGUGAUUUCAGGAUUGCUUUCGAUAUGGGCUACUGUGGACGAGAGAUGGUACGAGCGCAGUAUGUCUUCAUCAGCCAUGGUCACAUGGACCAUAUCAGCAGUGUGUGUCACCAUGCAGCCAAGAGGUCAUUGUAUUCUAUGAAACCUGCUACGUACUACGUCCCGCCUCACUUGGUUGAACCUCUCAAGACUAUUGCUCAGCAGUUCAGUAAGAUGCACUGGGAUGACCGUCCCAUCACUCAUGCCCCUGUUUUACAAAAUCUGGAUGUACAGCCAAUAUCUCCUGGAGAGUCUGUUCAGCUUCCAAGAAAUAGGGUUGUGAAACCUUUUCCAACAUGCCAUCGAGUGACAAGCCAGGGUUAUAUCAUUUAUCAUCAUGAGAAAAAGCUCAAACCUGCCUAUCAAGGUUUACCAUCUGAAGAGAUUCAACAACUGAUAAAAAGUGGAGUCGAUGUGAAGGAAGUUACUGUAAUUCCAGAAAUAGCGUAUACAGGUGACACAAGUUUUGAAAUUUUUGAAUCGCCUCCAACUCCUGACCUAUUUCUUGUCAAGCUACUGAUGACAGAAUCGACUUACGUCUGUGAUGAUGUGGAUAGCAAAGGCCAGACUAGUCAGGAGAAAGCAAGAGAGCGGGGGCACAUGCACAUGAACGACUUCAUACAAAACAAACAACUCUUCAAGAAUGUUUCCGAUAUUAUACUUAUGCACUUCUCUGAUAAAUAUUCCCUCAACUAUAUACGAGAGAGAGCAAAACUUUUACCGCCCUGUUUGAUUAACAAAGUCCACUUAGCACUUAUUGCUGCGGAGACUACUAGACAGAGUUAGUGUUUCAUUUGGGAUGGUUUUCUUACUUGGGGAAAACCUGGAACUUUUACUGCCGUGCUAACAUUAGAAAUCAUCUGGUCCAACUUUUGAAGCUAUGAAAUAUUUGGGGAUGUGAACAUGUACUGCAUUUAAUGUAUUUCUUGGUGUUAUCUGGGGACUGCAAAUUUAAAAGGCACAUGAACAGGACAAAGUAAACUCCUUCCAAUGAAAAGGGUAGAUAUGUAAUGCAAAGCUCUCUAACUACAUUUUAGUAGUUGUCUUGACAAUCCAUUGCCUACUUGCCUACUGCUUUUCAUGGGCUGUCUUGUGGUUUACUAUUGCCAUUGAUACAGCCAAGCUUUUCAAUAUGAUUGUGACUGAUAAUUGUCACAAACAAGGACAAGACCAUGAAGCUCUCCUAUCUCGGUAUCUGUGCUGCAUGCACAACAUCAAUCAGGAUGGAAUCACUCGGUGUGACUGUCCUUCAAAAACAAUAUGGCUGGAUAACUGGUAUAGGGAUUGAAGUACAUUGUAUUGUAGCUAAUUAGUGCCUUCCUGAUCAAAUCAAACUUGUUUGUAGAAUAAUUUAUACGUAAGAAUUCUUACAUGUACUUGUUUUAUUUAUAAUUGUUAU